AGCUGAGAUCACACGAUUGGUCAAAUGUACCGAUUUUUGACAAAAUUUUUCUGUACAAAUUUGUACAAAAUAAAUUUUGUGUACCGAUACAAUUUUCAGUGUUCAGACGAUUGGCGUACUUGAGCCAGAAUUUUUCUGUACUGAUUUGUACACUUCAAUAAUAUGACAGAUAUUUGUACAACCCUGUCACAUGGUUGGGCUUGUCAUUUUAAAUAAAAUAGGUAGCUGAUAAGCUUUGAAUACAUAAUUACAUAUGUAUAUUUGAACGUAAUUUUAUAAUUUUUAAAUAUAAUGAUUUCUUCAUCAAGAAGGAAGAAAAUAGUGGCAAUUAUGUGUAUUUGUGUACACCUAAUUAAUAAAAAGAAACAAAUAAAAGAAAAACGAACAUUGAAGAAGCGAAGUGUUUGGGUGCUAGAUUGGCUUCAGAGGAGAAGUACUGACGGCGCGUAUGCAAAAACUCUGCGCGAGUUUCGUGAAGUGAACAAUCAAAAAUAUUUGUUUAAAAAUUAUCUUCGCAUGAACGAAGCCACUUUUAAUUAUAUUCUUGAAUUAGUCUCUCCAAACAUAAAAAAAAGUGACACCAAUAUGCGCAAAGCAAUACCAGCCAAUGAACGUUUGGCGGUUACACUUCGCUACCUUGCCUCUGGAGACAGCUUCAAAAGUUUAUCUGUUGACUUUCGCAUUGCGCCGAAUACAAUAUUUAUAUUUGUGCCGGAGGUUUGCGAUGCAAUUUACAAAGCUUUGAAAAAUGAAUAUUUAAAGGUUCCAAACAACGAACAGAUGUGGAUUGACAUUGCCCAAAAAUUUAGUGAUAAAUGGAAUUUUCCCCAUUGUAUAGGCGCAGUUGACGGGAAACACAUUGUGAUGAAGGCUCCGCCGCGGUCUGGAAGUACCUUUUAUAAUUAUAAAGGUACUAAUAGUAUUGUACUUAUGGCCAUUGCGGAUGCGGACUACCGAUUUAUAUAUAUUGAUGUCGGGUGCAAUGGCAGAGUUUCGGACGUCGGCGUUUUUGGAAAGUCCACAUUUCAGAAAGCUUUGGACAAUAACACACUGAGAUUGCCUUUACCACAACCAUUGCUAAAUCGUGACCGUGAUUGUCCAUACUUAUUAGUGGCGGAUGAUGCAUUCCGCAUGCAAAAGCACAUUUUAAAACCAUACCCUGGUAGAAAUUUAACUGCCGGUCAACGCAUAUUCAAUUACCGAUUGUCACGUGCUAGGCGCGUUGUCGAAAAUGCAUUUGGCAUUAUGGCAAAGCGGUUUCAAAUUUUAUAUCGACCAAUUCAACUGAAUGAGCAUAAAACGACCCAAAUAACACUGGCCUGCUGUGCCUUGCAUAAUUUUUUAAUUAAAAAAAAAUGACAGUUAUAUGGCAGGUUUAACUACAGAUAGGAAUGAUCAACAAGAUAAUUCAGUUCACGAGCAAGGUACUCAAAAUUGCCAACAAGGAGCAGAGGAACGUCCAACGACAUACAUAACCAAUGAAGCCAAAGAAAUUCGUGAGGAGUUCGAACAAUAUUUUAUGACAGUCGCUGGAGAAAUACCAUUUCAAUAUAGAUGUUUAUGUUAAAUAAAAUUAAUGAUUUAAAUAUGUCUGUAACUUUAUUAAUAUAGAAGACAAAACGAUUCAAUGAAAUAUCAAUCAUCAUUUAAUUCUGAAAGUGCAUCUAUAGUGCACUUCAUAAUAUUAAUUUCAAGUUUUUUUGCUGCUUUCUCAUUUUUUGCAUUCAUUUCACGCAUUUGCGACGCUAUGUACAUGCCGAAGGAAUACCACUUGUCCUCUUUUUCUGCAUACAACAAAUCUGUUGCGCGUUUUAAAAUAUCUUCUGGCGAAUUGGUUGCUGCAUCAGCUGGCGAUGAUGUUGAUGCGUUGGAUUGCACGUUGAUGGGUUGAAAAUGCGUGUUUGGUAAACUUUCGCUAUCAGGGCUUAUAUUUGAAACAGAUGAAGUCGUUUUUUCUUUGUCGUGGUUAUGAUAAAACUGCAUUGCAGUCCAAAAUUGCCAAUGAGGUUGUGAACUUGACGCACUCUGACCAGACAUUGCCUGUAAUUUUUUUUUUGUAUUAUUGUACGCUGUUUUCACAUUCGCCCACUUGGCUUUGCACUCAUCAACGCUACGGCUAUGACAGUUCGCUGCAACUUCUCUCCAUGCGUUCUCUCUCUUCUGUCAGUUUUUAUAGUCUGAUGAAGAAUAUUCCCACAGACAAGGAUGUUUUUCUGUUAUUUCCAUUAAAUUAAACACAUCUUCCGAGGACCAUGCCGCACAUUGGUAUAUCUGUGGCCGAAAUUCAAAAAUUUCAUGUUGUCUGAAUUGAAUAAAAAUUUCACAGUUUGUUACCAACUAUCUAUACAUUAUUUUCCCAAAGUAUUAGGAUUCUAUCUGCAUUAGUUUUUUGUCCAGAAAUACCCAAAGUUGGUGAAUGUAGAGAACAUCAAAAUUAGCAAAAAAUUUACUCAAAAGUCAAAUUAUUGAUACAAUAAAACAACUAUUGAAACUCAACUUUGUUAUUAUUUUUCAUUUAUAAUAUGUAUCAAAGAAAAAAUUUGCAUCAAAAUUCAUUAAAAAAAAUAAUGCAUAAAAAAUUUUGUGGAACAACAUAAUUUGGACGUCAAAAUUUCAAUGUUCUUCAAAUUCAAAGUGGUGCAUCUUUUUAGCGCUGUCUGCCGCUGUCGACAUACAUAUACCGAAUUAAAGCCUGAAGUCUCAGCUAAACGAUAAGAAAAAAUUCAGCUGCCCCAAAUUGCCCCCCUUGAAAAAACAAUGUCAGAA